UAUUGCUCCGACGUUUAUUUGAAGUUGCAGGCAGAGUGUUUUGGAGGUAAAUGCCUGAAAGGUGUGGCGUGUGCUGACUUAAAUUUAAGUGUCAAAGGCUCUCUACCAGCUAACAACAAUGGGGAAAAAGAAGGUUACAACAGAAGCUGCUGCAGAUGAAACCCCAGUGCUGAGGAAGUCUCGACGGUUGUCGGAUAAAGAGUCGCAACAGCCAAAACCAGAACCAACAAAGAAGGUGGUUAAGACCAAAAAGGUGAGGGGGCCGGCAAAGGACAAAUCAGAGGAGACAAAAGAGGAACCUCAGGAUGAAAAAAAAGAUGCCCCUGCUGAAGACGGAGAGGCCCAAGCUGAAGAGGCCAGUGCCGAAAAUGGAAAGGAGGAGAAAGAUGAAGAGGAGAAAGCAGCCGAGUAGUGCAGCCUCCAUUCUUCUUGAAUGCCAAGUGCACAUCAUAUUUUCAACUGCUAUUUUCUGAAGCGUUUUUAGGGACACAAAUGCAGAAAUGCAUUUUAAUUCUGUCUUCAAAUGCCAUUUAAUUUCAUGGCUGCCAUGAAGGGAAUACGCUGGCCUUUGUGUUGGGCUUUAUUCCACCCAUUGUGUUCCUCCCUUGCAGACUUCUGUUGCUUUUAGGCUGUGGUUUUCAAUCCUCAUCAGAAACCUGAUGUAAAACUCUGAAUUAGCUUGGAACUUCAAGGGAUUUUUUUUUAUAAACUCUACAGUUUUUAAAAUCAUACCCCCUUACUAUCGCUAUGCUUGUUAAACCGAAUCAUUCAAAGAUGAGUAUUGUGUUUCCUCUUGAUUUAAUACUAGAAUUUCUUUACUAUGACUGCUGUUUAAACUUUUGAAAAUAUAAUGGUGCAGUCUUUUUGCAUCUGGUGAUGGUACAUUUAUCAUUCUCAAACCCAAAAUGGCCACUGUGGUGGACAAUAAUCAUGUACUACACAUUUGUGGAUAUACACUUUGGGACAUCCCCCCCCCCCCCCCUCAUUGUUAUUCCUUGUUUUGUUUUUCACGGUUAAUAAAGACAUUCUUUUACAUUAAUAA